AUGAGUGACAACAUCAGCCACGAAGCGAUGGUCCGGGCAGCCUGCCUUGCCGACUUGGGCCGUCAGCGUCAGGAAGAGCUACCUUUGAGCAACCAGUCACGUCGUGGUCCUUCAUAUACUCCUCGGCGGGAUAAAAAAACUGUGAAUAUCGAUCCUCAUCUGAAAUUAAAGCUUAUCCACAAAUGGGGGAGCGCAAAGAUCGAGGACGAGGAAAGCCGACAGAUGGAGGGCCUCGAGAUCGAGGAUGCACGCCCUUGGGCCAGAGACCGCGCCGCAGAAGCUAUGUCUACUAACAAGAUUAAAAGUGGUCCACCCCCUCGAAUCCCUCCCAGCAGGCCCAGGGCUUCCGCGGUUGAGGGAAACGGCAUCACGGAUUAUUUUCAACCGCCAACAGACGGAUGGAAAGAAUGCGUCGGGAAUAUGGUCAAGAAAAGCCCUAUUCAUAAUCCCAUUGCAGCCAAGUGGGGAGGUUCUCUACAGAACGCGUCAACUCACUCGCUUUCUUCCAAGCCUGUCCACGAGCCGGUAUCCAACAAUGAUCUCUCAAACGGCACUUCUGGAAAGGAAUCAUCUGUGGCCAGCGCUUCUGUCAGUGCCCCUCCAGCAAACGAUACUCCACGAGUGUCCCUGACUUUCAACCUUCAUCAAGAAGGCUUUGACUCUAACGCUGUGGAAAACAUUAUCGGAAGCGGACACUGCAAGAUCGUUCCGUCUAAGAAUGAAGCCCUCGGUUUUACCAGUUCAGUCAUGUUGAAGAUUCAGGGAGGGGACACGGGCUUCCUGGUGUUCCGCAGUGAGCUCAAGGGGGAUAAAAUCCUCGACGUCACUGAUAUUGAAAAACCUUCUCUCGACAUCCCUUACUGUAAGGUUCAGCUUAAAUCGCUGCCGCAAUGGCCUUAUCAUGUUCGAUUCGAUGACGACGAGUACGCCAAGGUCUUCCGAGCCUCUUUGACUAGACUCAAGAAGGCGGUUUUACUUCACAAGAAACCAAAGCCAGAGAAGGACUCUCCUCAGAUCGUUAAGACUGAAGUAGUCGCCAAUACUGAAGUGGUCACCACUGAAGCGACAGUUUCCAGCCCUGAGCUGAGUACGGCCCCGGUGCCUCAAAACUCCGAAGUCACACAGGCGGAAUUGAUCCCGAUGGACGACGACUGGGACUAUACCAACAGCCCGCAAGUACCAGCCAUUCAAGCGGCUGUCAACCCUAUGGUUUUACUUGUUCGAAGAUGCCUUGACUACUUUAGCGCCGAAAGCAACUUUUGCGCUGGCACGAUCGCCGGGAUCGAGGAUGCUAUCUUUGACCAAUGGAAAAGCCAAGGAUUCCUGGAGGACUGUGGUGAGAGAGAGCAAGAGGCCGCGUUCGCAAUGCUUCGAACAUUUGUGGACGUUGAGUUGAUCCUAUCUGGGAGAAAGCCACCCGGCAAGACUUCUGCCACUGACAAAGAGUCUAACCCACAACAGGACGCAGCUCCCGUGCAGGACGCAGCUCCCAUGCAGGACGCAGCUCCCAUGCAGGACGCAGCUCCCACGCAGGACGCAGCUCCCGUGCAGGAGAACAACUCUCACAAGCGACGCGGAGUAACUCAGGGACUAGGUUCCUCUUGCUUUGCAAAGAAGCCUUUUGCUUGCCAAGGCAGCUUCACCGGCGCUCGCCCUCGCGCCACUUACAAGUAG